AGACGCGGCGCUUUUCCGCGCUGGGGCUUACGCCCUCCACGCUGUCGCCAUGCCAUGCCUUACGAGCGGAGGUGGUCGCGCCGAUCCUCAAGCCGCACCUCCUCGAGGUCCUCAUCUCGGUCUUCGAGGCGACGGCGAUCCAGGUCCCGCCGCCGCGACCGCAGCCGCAGCCGGCGCCCCUUUCGACCCUUCCGUUCCCGGGAGCGGUCCCCGCGGUCCCCGCGCUCGGAGCGCUCGGACCGCUCGGCGCGGGAGCGGAAGAGCCGGAUUUGCAUUCACUGGGAGCGCGGGCAUUGCGGGAAGGGCGAGAAUUGCAACUUUGCGCAUGGAGCACAUGAGUUGAGCUCUGUACAGGGAGGCACUUGGAAGACGGUCCUUUGCAAGCACUUUGAGAAUGGCACUUGUUCACGAGGUAGUCUGUGCUCAUUUGCGCACGGCGAAGAAGAGCUUAGAGACACCUUCAAGACCGUGCGCUGCAAAUACUACGAGCGCGGAGAAUGCAGGAGCGGCUCCAAGUGCAAAUUUGCACAUGGCUCCAAAGAGCUUGUCAAGAUGGAGAUCCCAAAGAUUGAGGUGAAGGUGGAGAAAGUGGAUAAGGAGCAGCGUGAACGGGAGAAACAGGAGGCGCGGGAGGCGGAGAAGGCUCGGAGGGAGAAGGAGAAAGAAGAGGAGAGAGCCAGGAAGGCGGCAGAGCUGAAGAAAGUCGCCUGUAGGUAUUGGCAAAAUGGAUUUUGCAACAAAGGCGACAGCUGUCCCUUUGGCCACGAUGGUCCCCAGAAUGAGCCCCAGACGAACUUCAAGACGGUGCUCUGCAAGUACUUUGAGCAGGGGAACUGCACCAAGGGCGACCAGUGCAGCUUUGCACAUGGCGAGGCGGAGCUUCCAGGUGGCGUUGGCCAUGGCAGUGCCGCCAGUGCUGUUAAGGAGCCGGUGCCAACCUUCAAGACGGUCUUGUGCAAGUACUUCGAGCUGGGCCACUGCAGCAGGGGCGAGGAUUGCACUUAUGCGCAUGGACUGGAAGACUUGCAAACUCGGGAGGUUGGCACUUACAAGACGGUGCUCUGCAAAUACUUCGAGGCGGGGACCUGCACGAAAGGCGCCAGCUGCACCUUCGCCCACGGGGAUGCUGACCUCCAGAUGGAUGCGGUUUCCCCGGCCGCGGCGGCCACGGCACCAUGCGCGGUGGCGGCCACGGCAUUUGGGGGGACCUCCCUGGCGGACGCGAUUGCGCAGAGUACUGCAGUGCCAAGUUCGGAUCAGGAUCGUGACUCCAGCGGCAAGCCCGUGGGUGUCUUGGUGCAGCCGACGAGGUUGCUCUCCAAGAGGCAGCUGGAGACUGCUCCGGAGGGAAAGUUGCAUCCUAAAGUUGCAGAGCUCAUGGUCCCGACGGAGCUUGCGGUCGUCAAGCGCUGUGCGUUCUUCACAAUAGGUCGCUGCGCCAAAGGAGACGACUGCACUUAUUCUCAUGACCCGGAGGCACCUCCUUUUUUGCCCGCGGCGCCCUCCCGUGCCGCGCGCCCUACACGCCCUACACGCCCUGCGGGCCCUGCGGGCGGAGCUCCCGUGGCAGUGCGGACGCCCAAGCCGGCACCGAAGCUCGUGCCGCCGCCGGUUCGGCCAAAGCCGGUUGAAGCGCCGGUUCCGGUGGAAGAGGAGGAACUGGAAGUCUCUGGAAUGGAGUGGGAGCCUGGUUGGGACGCGACCAUGGCCUGGAAGACCCGGCUGUGCAAGUUCUUCGAGCUGGGAACUUGCCAAAAGGGUGAUGCUUGCAGCUUCGCCCAUGGGCCAGCGGAGCUGCAGGGGCCGCCGUCGGUGUCCAUCAGCGCAGGUGGAACCAUUUGGGCCGACAUGGUGAAGGAGGAGCCAGACUCUGAGCCAAGCAUGCCCACAGUCUCUGUGCAGGAAGCGGCCUUCAAGACGGCUCUCUGCAGACAUCACCAGAGGGGCGUUUGUUUCCGAGGUAGUGCCUGCUUGUUCGCGCAUGGGGAAGAGGAGCUUCGGGACAAUCGCAAGACUGUGUUGUGCAAAUUCUACGAUCAGGGCACCUGCCAACACGGUGAUCAGUGUCUUUACGCCCAUGGCGUUGAGGAGUUGCAGACGCUGGACCAGCCGGAGCUGGCAGAGAAGCACCCGGGCUCCUUCGCUUGGCACCAGGGUCCUAUGGAGCAUGGAGUCCACUCAGGGGAUGCUCAGGGGAGCUUCAAGACGGCCCUUUGCAAGUUCUUCGAGAUUGGUCAAUGUUUGAAGGGUGAGGCAUGCACCUUUGCCCAUGGCCCCGACGAGUUGGCUAACUCACCUGACCAGGGCAAGGUCACUGCCGCCACGCCCAAGGCAGCGAUGACCGGCGCCGCCGCGGUGGCGGCGGCGCAGCCGAAGGCGGCGCCCAAGGCGGCCGUGGUGGUGCCGCCGCCGUCCCGCGCCAAGGCGCUGGAAGAGGCGACGGAGCCCCUGGAGGAGGCGAACGCCGAUGUGGCGGAGGCGAAAAAAGGAGGGCUGCGCCCGGGCGGCGCCUUUGACGGACUUUGGCUUGCGUGA